GGUGCUCUGCAACACUUCUGCCCCUUCUCCACGCAUCUGCUGUGUAUACCCGCUUUGAAGAGGCGCACAGGCCCCCAACGCCCCGUUCAGCUCGCCACCUCUUCGUCUCCUUUUUUCUUUUUUGUUUUCUCCCCUCUGCGACCGCAUUUGGGCCGCAAAGCACAUCGGCGCGUUCGCUUGUGUGCUGCUGCGUAAAAACAAAACACCGUUAUUAUUAUUAAUUCUUUCUCUGUGCGUCGUCUAAAGCGAGUCAGCCCAGUCAUGGCGGACUACCCAACGGACAACCAGCAGUUCUUUUCCGAGCCGGAGCGACCGUGCGCGUUGGUCAACAAAUGCAGCGGUGAACGCUCCGCCGCUCUCUUCGUGUCGGACCAGCUCAAGAAGCACUUCGGCGAGGACAACGUGUUCGAUUUAUUUCCUGUGAAAGGGAAGCCCCCGCUGAUCGAGGAGGCGAAGCAAUUUGUGGCGCAGCGCAAGCCGGAUUUGCUGGUGGUGGCGGGAGGCGACGGCACCGUUUCACUGGGACUGGACAUCGUCGACGCGGUGCGCGCUGCUGAUCUGAUUGGGCCGGCAACGGCACCAAUCGCGGUGAUUCCAAUGGGCACCGGCAACGACCUGAGUCGCAGUCUCGGCUUCGGUGGCGGCUACCACACCCCGCUCGUGAAAGCGGAGGAGCAGUUUGGAAAGCUACUCCGCCGCCUUUUUGCGGCGCGCCCGUGCAAGAUCGACCGCUUUUCGCUAUCCAUUACGGCGGUGGAUCACGACGCGGUCGCGGCCGGUCACUCCGGUGCGGUGAAUGGACAUAAGAAGUCAGGAGAAAGCCCGGCGUCACCGCGGCCAAAAGAAAAGAAAGAAGAUCGCAGCUUUGAGGAGGCAGAUCACCAUCCAUACAGCCGCCCAGACGAGGCAGACGACAGCGCUGAGCAGCAGCAUGAGCAACAGCAAGAGUUUUCAUCACCGCUCCCAGUGCGGUCCUUCUCAUCCAACCCGAAAGAAGUGAAGAAGGUCUUCACAAACUACUUCUCGAUUGGCUUUGAUGCGCAGGUAGCGAAGCAGUUCGGCGACUUCCGCGACCACAACCCGGAGAUGUGCAAGUCGCGUGUGAUCAACAAAAUGUGGUACGGCUGCUUCGGUUGCAACGCGAUGUGCUGCGCCAACACUCUGCCCAAGAAGCAGCUCUCCUUGACUUUGGACGGGACGGCGCAGAAGGUGCCAUCGAACAUGAAGUCGAUCGUGGUGUCGAACAUGAUCACUUACGCGGGCGGCAACGUGCUCUGGGGCGACGCCCACCACCAGUAUGAUGCCCCGGCGGUGGACGAUGGCAAGGUAGAGGUGGUAGCGCUGGAGGGCGUGUGGCACAUGGUGGGCGUCGGCACGCAGACCCGCUCCGGCAAAAAGCUCGGGCAAGCGUCCUCGCUCGUGCUGUACGCACCGGCGAACUUUACGAUGCAGUACGACGGGGAGCCGAUUGCGGCCAUAGGCACGGCGGAUCAGAUGGUAAAGGUGGCGAUUGAGUUCAAGUCACAGUCGCUGGGCAUGCGCGGGUCGCCGCCGUCGUCAUCGGAGAAGGAGACGAACGACGAGGCGGUCCAGGCGCUGCAUAGCGAGAGAGAGCACAAGUAG